CCCUGCGGGGCGGCGGCGAUGGCGGAGCCGGGGAGAGCCGGCGGGAGCCCCGAGCCCCCCGUGCAGGUGUCUAUCAUUUUGCCUGUUCACAACAGUGAAUGCUGGUUAGAUGAAUGCCUGAAGUCAGUUUGGGAACAAGAUUUUAAAGGAACCAUGGAGCUGUCAAUUUUUAAUGAUGCCAGUAAGGAUGAUUCAGCUGAAAUAAUUGAAAAAUGGAAGAUCAAGUUGGAAGAAGUUGGUGUUUCAGUAAUCAUUGGAACCAACAAUUCCUCUCAGCCUCGAGGUGUUGGAUUUGCUAAAAAUCGAGCAGUAAUUCAGAGCUCAGGAACCUAUCUCUGCUUUCUGGAUUCAGAUGAUGUGAUGAUGCCACAGCGGGUUAGGCUGCAGCACCAAGUUGCCAUUCAACACCCAAACAGUAUUAUUGGUUGCCAAGUCAGAAGAGAGCCACUGGACUCCACUGAACGAUACACUCGCUGGAUCAAUAACCUCAGCCAGGAACAGCUCCUUACACAGGUGUUCACCUCCCACGGGCCUACUGUGAUCAUGCCAACCUGGUUCUGCUCUCGGGAAUGGUUUUUCCAUGUGGGGAGGUUUGAUGAGGGUGGAAAGGGUGUCCCAGAGGAUUUGUUGUUUUUUUAUGAACAUCUCCAGAAGGGUGGUGGAGUCUUUCGAGUGAACCAUUGCCUCCUGCUCUACCGGUACCACCCCCAGGCUGCCUCUCACUCUGUCCUAGAGGAAACCAUCUGGAAUCACCGAGUCAGGUUCCUCGAGGACAGAGUCCUGAGCUCCUGGACAUCAUUCACCAUUUGGAAUGCUGGCAAGCAAGGCAAGAAGCUCUACAGAAGCUUGUCACCAGCUAAUCAGAAAAAGGUAUCUGCAUUUUGUGAUGUUGAUGAAAAGAAAAUAACAAAAGGAUUCUACACCUAUGAGGAAUCUGAGGAGAGACCAAAACCAAAAAUUCCUGUGUGUCACUUCAGGGAUGCAACUCCACCCUUCGUGAUCUGUGUGAAGCUGGACAUGACAGGUGGAGCCUUUGAAACAAACCUGGCCACGCUGAACCUGAAGGAAGGGAAGGAUUAUUAUCACUUUAACUAAAGCAAGAGGCAGUGCUGCAAUGCUGUGGUCUGCACCACCUCAUGUCAUCAUCUUGCUGCUGAAAUGGAGAAGUUCCUGUCUUUUCCCCUUCCCCAGGAAGGGCAGAGGAGCAGGGGCUGCACAUCUGUGUCUGGAAUGUGGCGCUGCCAGCCUGGAAUGCGCUCUGGGAUGGGGCUGCAAGGGCCUCAGGCAGCAGCUCCAGCCAUCCCACGUGUUCUGCAGCUGGCUGCCAACAUCCUCAGGGACACCUCCAUGAAAAAAGCAGCCCCUGGAGCACAUUCCCACCUCACCUUGGCCACCAGCUGGGGUCUGGGCACUUUCAUGAGGUCGCAGAGGCAGUUUCGUCUCUCCCUCACCACGGGCAGCUCUGCUUCCCUGGGAGAGCAAAGGUUGUUUCCACUUAAUUCAGAGAAAUCCAUAAAACAUCCACAAAACUCCCUCAGUGAUCCCUGCCAGCCCUGCACCACAAUGGGGGUGUCCUUUCAUGCACAUUUCAAAUGACAGGGGUUUUUUUGUUGUGUCACAUUUGAAGGCUAAAGGACCAUUUUUGUACCACCCUAAGUCAGAUAAACCACAAAUACACACCAGAUCUGCCACAGGUCUAAUAAAAUGUCUAAUUUCAGCUAAUAUUAGCCACUGGCUAAUAAAAGGUCCAAGACUAUUCUUUUAUAGGGUUUUAUAUUAAAAAACCCUUCUUAUUUGAACAACUCUUUUGAAUAGAAGUUCAUUUAAUUUACUCUCUAAAGUGAUUGGAUUUGGAGAAGACCCUCUAUAAAGAAAAAACAAAAAAGGGUGAGUUAUAAAUAACUUCAACCUUUUUUUUUCACACCUUGGACAAUUUGUCUUAUUUACCACUGGAAAGUUUCCUGUGGCUAAACACAGUGUAGUAUUUAUAGAGUAAUUUGUUUAAACUCUGCAUGACACAAUUGUAUGAUAAAGUCUCUGGAGUCCCAACAAGGAAAAUAUGUGCAUCCCAGUAAUUACCAUACUCCUUCAAAUUCCCAUUUGGCUUCCUGCUGCUAAUACUUAGGGUAAUUCAGAAUUUAGACUGAUUAUUUGAGCACUGGGAGAGCUUGAGGAAAACAAGCAGCUCACUGUGACACUCAGCAACAACUUCAAAUCUCUUUUUCUGUAAAUAGCUCAAAUCUACCACGAUAAAACAAUUACGUUUUGAGUAAAUGAGCUCUUUGUCUUUCAUCUCAGAGCAGUGGCCACAGUGCAGCAGGGCACUCAGGGCUUGCUCCAAGCCAGAACAAGCCAGGCACACCCUAAAAAUGACAGGGUGAAAACAGAAUAUUCAUUUCUCUGGAGUGUUUUUCUGGGGAAGUGUUUUGCUUUGAUUUAGGAACACAGUUGUUUAUGAGCAGAGCUGAACUCCACUGCUUUUCCUGUUCCACUGUGAGUGCUGGCCCUGGAACCAUCCCUGGUGACAGCACUCAGCUCAUCCUGCAGUGUCAGCUAACAAAUUCCUUCUGCAAUUCCUGAGCAAGCCUGCCCUUAAAUGCAGGUUUGCUAAUGGAGCUCUGAGUCACACCCAACACAAUCCUGAACUUCCAUGUGCAUUAAACAAGGAAUUGUAACCACAGCAGCACUGCAGGCAACCACUCCUUCCAACCUGAGACUCUUGUUCCAGUUUUGUACUGGAAAAUUCAGAAAAAAGAGCAGCAGCCACCCCUCCUAAUGAUAAACUCAGCUUUCUUUUCACAAAUAUAAAGUUCUUUAAGCUCAAGUACAGAAAUAAACUGAAAACUACAUAAAAGUCAAACAGUGUAACUGCAAUCUGAACUCUGUCAGCCAUCCUUAAGGUGUAUUUGUUCUUUGAGCUUGUCUGGGGUAAAUUUAUUUCCAUGAAAUGUCAACACAAAAUUCAUUUAAUAGAAUGACUAAAUAAAUUAUAUAUUUUUCUAUAUUUGUCUGUUCUCUGUGAAUGCUGUUUGGGGCAGCUGCAUGGGCCAGGUCUGUGACAAGGAAAAAUGUUUAACGAGGCAGCAAAAUGAAUAAUUAUUAUCUUCAAAUUCUGUAUUUUCUCAAAC